AAAAUAAUCAUGGAAGCGGAUACUUUACCGGGAAGACGUCGUCUACCAAAACUAAUGGCUUGUAUGACACAGAAUAGUCUAGAAAAUCUAAGAAAUAGAGCCUUGUUUAGUUUAGAUGCAUUAGACGCCAAAGGAAUCCGAAGACGCAAAUUACCUCUACACGAAUGCCUCAUUUUGGAAUUGAGGGAAAGCGGAUAUUCUGAAUCGUCGGAUUAUCUACAAGAUCUUAUUUAUGACAACAUACAGCUUUUGGCAGAGGAUGACAUCGGUAUAGUUGUGGAUCUUAGGAAGAAGGAAGAUUACCUUGAACAUAUCAGUAAUGGCUUAAUUAAAGCUGAAAAAUAUCGUGACAAAGAAAAUACGAAGAAGGAGUGCUUAGAACUAUUAAGCCUCGCAUUAUAUUACUCUGAAAAAGGAAAAGGAAUUUUGUGGCUCGCCGAAAAGUUCUUUUUAGCGUCCAUAGCUGUUUCAAGUCAGUAUUUAAUAGAUGGUGGGCGACAGAAAGGCUGCUGUAAAUAUCACUACGCUUGUUUCUUGCUUGAUAAAUUUCCAGGUGCAGAUCCCGAAGAGCCUUUUGUCAUCCUCACCGAAGUUAGAGAUUGUGCUAUCGGAAAGGAUUGGCUUCUAAUCGAAUCUGAUGAAGGCGGGGAUGUAUCAUCCGAAACAGUGUUCUCCGCAACUGCAAUUCAACUACAUCGAGUACUACUUAGCAAAGCGCGACUAUCUCGAGAUGUCGAUCCCGCUAAAUCAGAGAGGCUAUCGCGACUCGCUGAACGUAGAGCAAGGGAUGCAAAAGAUACGCCAAAAAUAGCUGAGGCUAUAAUAGAAAUUGGCGUAAGUCAAUUAAUGAUGAAUAACUUGAACAAUGCACACAAAACUUUUCUAAGAGCGCUUCAAAUUUAUGAACAAAGUGGUGAUGUCAAAGGUUUAUGCGAAACGAAGAUGCACUUAGCCGCUGUCAUGCAAAGACUAGGCGAGCACGAAACGGCGGCUAAGUUACUUACAGAAAUGGGCGCUUUAGCAAUGGAACACGGCCUUCGGAGACAGCUUGGUCGAGCCUUACAUCUUCUAGGAGAGUUGCAUUUGAGACGAGAAAGACCUGAACUUGGCACACAACAUCUCACUGAAGCAUUUCAAUGCUUUAUGGGAUUGAAUUGGCAAAAUCCAAAACAAAAUAUAGUAAAAAAGGAUAAAGAGACAUCUAGCGAGCUGGAUGUUAUAUACAAAACUGAUACCAUAGAAAUCUAUGAAGAAGAAGCGGAACAAUCUAGAUUGAUGAUGGCUAUAUCAGCUGGUCAAGAAUUAAUGGCAUCAUUUUUUAAUUUGAUAAGAGAGUCUGGUAAAUGUUCCGUUGCAAAAUUGAAAAUGAUUGAAUGGAAAUUGUCUCGUUCUGGUUGGUGGGUUACUAAGCAACAUCACCAAUUAGUUCCAUGUAUAUGUCCUGUCCAUAAUCGGACACCAUUGGAUGUAUUGCAAAUUCAUCUUGGUAACAAAAAUUUGAUGACGGCUAAUUCAGAUGCUGAAGCAUUAUUGGGUAGAAUAGAUACUGUUGAAGAUAUAAGAAAACUUCGAAGUAGUAUUUCUUAA